UCAUGGAACUCUGCGAAAGCGACUGUCGAGUCGGGAAACGGGAUUGGAUUUAUGUAUAUUCCCGCUAAUUUCACAAAGCGGACGAUGAAUAGAUAUGCGUCGGCAAGGUUCGCCCUGGAGCAGGAUUUAGAUCAGAGUACGGUCCAGGUUUCGUUAGACAUGUCGAGUACGUUAUAAGCGUAUACUUGUUUGAUUUUGGAGCACUCACAAUGGAGGUCUGCCAACGUCGACCUAACUAGUGUCAAUCGAUCACAAAUUUAAUUAGUAUGAAAUUUGCAAAUGGAACUAUCUGCCAAUGCACAUGUUUGACGGAGAUAUUAGCAUUCAAAGCGGGAUAAGCAAAUUUGGAAAAUGCAAAAUUUGCCAGCCUUGGGGGCACACCUUCUCCUCUUUUUAUGCAAAUACAGUCAGGAGCAAAACGAUAGGCGAUAUGGUUUUUCUCGCUUAAUUUUCACACCAGUGUACCGAAUGAUUUGAAACUUCACACAAAUAUGUGUAAUAGAAUUACUUACUUAUAACAUACGUAUGACAUACCAGCUUCAUCGGGAAAAUUACUUACCUAGAAAAACAUGAAAAAUAGGUGGUGCAAAACGAUAGGCGAUCGUCGAUAUUUUAAAAUUAAAAAUCUGUAUUUAUUUUGCUCAGCAAUAUUUGAAGUUUCCAGUGACUUUAACUUGUUCGAGGGUCCUCAGGCUUUGAAAUAAAUUCAUUAACUCGGGGGUAUAAGGGACCCACGAGCUAUGGAAGCGCCUUUUUCCCCACUUUUGCCCACGUGUUAAAAAUUGCAUGUUAAAGCUAAGUGACGCUAUCGUACUCCUUUGAAAUGUGGUACGCAUCGCAUAUUGAUAUACCCCAAUGGUUUUUGACCGGAUUUCAGACGGAAAUAUUGCCUGGUCAAUCCAGAAAACGGAUUUUUCUUUGGAAAAUGGAUACCUGAGAUUUAUGGAAAAUCGGGCCAGCGUUAUCGGAGUUGACCCAAGGACAUUUCAAAUUCCGCUUAAGUACAACGCAAAACAGGAUCCGUACGAAUUUACCUGGCAGGAUAACCUCUUCCCAGCAAAUGUCGUAUUGACAAGUUUCUUUUAUUCCAUGAUGUGUGGACUUUCCUUCACGCUGGAGAAGGAGGCGGGAACGUUGGAGCGGACUUUAGCGUCCGGAGUUAAAAUCCGUCACGUCAGAAUGUCCUAUUUCCUUUGUGAAACUGUGACAUCCAUUAUGCAGGUCGCCAUCGUGUUUGCGAUCCGCUUACUUACGACGGGAUACAAUAUCAAGGGGUCGUUCGUCCUCUGCUUUGCAAUCGCUUUUUUGACUUGUCUAGUCAGUAUUGGAGGUGGUUUGUUAUUCGGGGCGAUUUUCUCCAAGAGAUUAGAAGUAACUCUGGCGAGCAUCUUUGUCAUGAUAGUAGCUUUGGAAACUAGUGGAAUUCUAUGGCCAUUGGAGAUGAUAAGUCCUUACUACCGUUGGGCCUAUAUGUAUCUCAACCCAAUCUCUCUACCGGUGGAGGGAAUGCGUCGCGUGUGGAACAGUGGGUGGGGUCUGGAACAUAGUGUCGUCCGGACAGCAUUUCUGGCCCCGAUCGUCUGGAUCUUCGUCCUAUCGAUGGUGUCCCGUAUUGUGAGGAAGAUGCAGACGAAUAAGUGAAAAUUAUUGAUAAUUGCUUACACUAGUUAAGGUAGAUAUUGGUUCAAUGGCAGCAUAUGAU